AUGUCAACUAAAAUAGCAGCUGAGAGUUUUCCAAAUCCAACACCAGGAGAAAAGCCAGUACUGGUGGUGGUGAGAGUCUACGAUGGAGAAAGAGAUAAGGCGGCGGUGGAGGAGUUGGAGAGGCAGUACGAGGUCGGAAAACCCGGGAAGCCGUCGGUUGUCACAGACCUCAUGGGCGAUCCUACUGCUCGCAUCCGCAACUUCACCUCCCACAUCAUGCUGGUAGCUGAAUAUGGAUUUGAAAGACGGAUUGUUGGUGUUAUUAGGGGUUGCUUAAAAUCUGUUACUAAAGGAAAGAAACCCUCCGGCCGGUUUCCUGCCUAUGUCAAACUGGCUUGUAUUCUUGGAUUAAGGGUUUCCACUGCACACAGGCGGCUCGGUAUUGGUACAAAACUAGUUCAACAACUAGAAGAAUGGUGUAGAAAGAAUGGUGCGGAUUACGCAUACAUGGCCACCGAAUGCAGCAAUCAGCCUUCCCUAAAUUUGUUUACCAUAAAGUUUAACUACAUCAAAUUCAGGAGCCCUACAGUUCUCGUUCAACCUAUUCAUGCUCAUGACAAGUCACUAAGCUCGAGCAUAGCACUGAUUCGAGUCUCUCCAGAGCUAGCAACAUUAGUGUAUAGACGGAUUUUUGCAAGUUCAGAAUUCUUUCCUGAGGAUGUAGAUAUGAUACUGAAUAACAAACUUAGUCUUGGCACCUUCGUGGCCUUGCCAAAAGGAUACCUCUCCAAUUGGGACCCUAAAUCUGACACUUUUCCACCUAGCUUUGCCAUACUCAGCAUAUGGAACACCAAAGAAGUGUUCAAGCUGAAGGUAAAGGGUGUUUCCUCCCUAAAAUACGCGUGCAGCGUGGCUAGUAGGGCGGUAGACGCUUUUCUUCCGUGGCUGAGGUUACCUUCAAUACCUAAUAUAUUCAGACAGUUUGGACUCUAUUUUUUGUAUGGCCUUCACAUGGAAGGUCCUCAUGGCUCUUAUCUGAUGAGGUCACUUUGUUCAUUCGCCCAUAAUAUGGCAAAGCAUGAUAGGGGUUGCGGCAUCUUGGUAGCCGAGGUAAACCAAAAUGAUCCUGUUAAAGAGGCUAUUCCGCACUGGAAAAGGUUUUCAUGGGAUGAUCUUUGGUGCAUAAAGAAACUCGCAGUGGCAAAGGAAGAGGGACAAGAAAGCGGGAGCUUUGAACCUCAGGAUUGGAUUAAAUCUCGAGCUUGUUCUUCCUCAGUUACAUUUGUUGAUCCACGAGACAUUUAA